UGGCAACCCAGCUACAAUGGCCGCCGCCAUCGCCGUUGCAACGUUAUUUGUGUGACAAGUCAUGUCAUUUUUGUCCAUGAUAUAUGAGAAAAUCCAAUGGCAGAUAAUUUCUUCGGGUUCAAUACUUCGUCAUCGAACUUAAAUGACGAUGAAGGAGCCGGCGAGCCGUCAGAAGAUGAAUAUGACGCUCUCAAUGAUGAGACCUUUGGGCAGGCGGACGGCUUCGAUUUCGAGGAGCACGAGCAGAUGGCUUCUCAGAUCGAGAGCAGCCGCCGCCACCACAGCACCUUGGACGAUGCCAAUAUGCAACUGGAAGCGUCACUAUCCCAGCUAGUGCUUGAUGAGAGCGAGCACACCUCAGCGCUCGGCUCGACCGUGUGGCGUCACGAUGCGCCUUUUCAAUACCAACCGCCGCAAACGCAGACGCCGGCAUCGGUCCUCAAGAAUCUGUGCACGGUGGAGGAGAUCGAGCGGCAGCUGCGGCAGAAACAGGCGCCAUUUCCACCCUCUCAGAAUUACUUCCAGCCGCGAUUCCCUCCAGUCAUCCUGCAGCGACCCCCGGGCCUCCAGGCCCCCGUGCCGCUCCCCUUCGCCCCACAGAACAUGCCCAUGAACAACAUGAUGCCCAUGGGCCACCCCAACAACAUGAACAACAUGCCCAACCAGAUGGGCCAAAACGUCAACCAGAUGGGUCAAAACAUCAACCAGAUGGGCCAAAACGUCAACCAGAUGGGCCAAAACGUCAACCAGAUGGGCCAAAGCGUCAACCAGUUCAUGCAAAACGCCAACCACUACCAAAACAACAUGCAGAACAACAUGCAUCCGAACAUGCAUAUGAACCAGAUGCCUAAUCAAGUCAAUAUGGGCCCGAACAUGAACAUGGGUCAGAAUCAGAUGAUGCCGAAUGGCAACCAGUUUCCGAAUAUGAAUCAGCCCGGCAUGAAUCAGUUUCCGCACAUGAUGCCCAGGAUGAUGCCUCCUCCUGGGAUGGGAAUGCCGAGGCAGAAUUUUAAUCCGAAUGUUGGGCAGUUUAAUCAUAAUUUUCGUGGCCCAUCCAUCCCGUCAAACCCCGAACCAAUGAUGCAGAUGCACCCACAAAAGAGCCAGCCGAACCUAUCCCCGCCUAAAAACGGCAAAACUCCACCGAAACUGCAGAAGAGUCGCGUCUACAACAACUCGAAAACCGCUCCGACUCAAAAUAUGACAUCGCAGAACCUGGUUCAGUUGAUACAGAAUACGCACCCAAUGUUGCAGUACAAUAAUAGUUAUCACAACGCCAGCCAUCACCCGAUGCUGAACAGGGGCUUUGGGCAGUUUCCUAAUAAUAUGGCGUUUGGUCAGAGGCCGAAUGGGACGUUCAAUAAUAAUCAUAGGCAUAUGAACGGCGACGACGUGACCGUAUUAAGCGACACCGACGAGUAUAGCGGUCUUAUGACGCAACGCGAAAAACAGUGGCUCAUCAACAUUCAGAUGCUUCAGCUAAACACUGGGACGCCUUACAUCCACGACUUCUAUUAUACGGUGUUCUUAGAGAGACAGUCGCAGAAAGAGAAAGAAGGAGUGAAAGAAGCGCACAAGGCGAAUCAGCAGAACCAUCCAUUCUACAGCGGUGGUGUAAAACAAGAGACCCACGUACGCGAGCGCCACAACUCCAACCGACACAACUCUACAAGUGAGGACGCGCCCCAACGCGCCUAUGUGCCUACACAGUUUGAGAACUCGCUAGGAAAGCUACAGUGUGGCAGCGUGACGGCGCCGCGUAAGAUCAUCGAUGUGGAGUUGGUCGGCGGCGCGGAGCCCUCCGCGGUGCCCUCGAGGGCCAACAGCGUGGCCAGCACCACCAACCCCGCCGAGGUCCCUCGAGAAAUGCGCAGAACGAAGCAACUACUAUUGGACAUUGAGGCACUAUAUCUCAUACUGCUUAGGCUUGAGGAGCUGAACGAUCCUCUGGCGAUAUCUAACGCGCUCAUACUCAAGGAAAGAGAAGAGAAACAGAAGCAGCUAGAAGCAGCGCAGAAGGAAGCGCUAGAGAGCGAGCUAGAAGAAGACUCGAACGUGUUUCUGAGAAACAUUGAAUCGGUGCAGAGGAGGCCUAAGCAGGAUAGCCCUAAGAGCGAGAGCGUGGAUAAGAGACAGGUGGUGAACCUAGCAGUGAACCAGAAGCCGCCGCCAGUCAAGAACCUUCUGGACGAAAACAAAGACGAGCUGGUCGACAAAAUGUUCGCCGGCUUACUACACGCCGAUAGGCUCGCGCAAAUGCUCACUGUCAGAAAAGGACGGGCGCUGGUGGCGCGGUUCCUGGCGCGGCUGGGUGCGCACGCGCACGCGCACGCGCACGCGCACGCGCACGCGCACGCCCGCGCCGUGUGGGCGCGCGCGCUGCGGGCGCUGCCCCAGGCCGCGCGGCGAGACGGGGGAGGCUUGGCGAUACUGGCUCCUCACUAUAGGAAAUACAUCCAAAGCGCCACAGGCUGGAACCCAAUCUUGGAGUCGUGCGGACUACUAGCAGAAGCGUUAGACCCGGCGAGGACGCCCUACGCACUCACCACACCCCUAACCCUAAGCUGCGUCUGCGCCCUAAUAGAGAAGGCGUCUCUCCUCGUCAACACCCCUGAGGCCACCUCCAACGAGCGCCAGUGGUACAAAUUCCUCAAAACCCUCGCUAGAGCUCUCAAAACCACCACUCUAACGGUCGCUAAACCCGUCACACCACUACUACCAAACAAACUACUAUUCCAUUUGAAACAACUAGAAUCUAGGACCACUAUAGAAAUUCUACAGAGAGGAAAAAGCGCUGAAUUUGCUGAUUUGUCUAAAGCUGAUGUGACGGAGCAGUUGUUAAAACAUCUCUGCUGAUGGUUCAUUUUAUCGUGCGUCAUAGUUAGCACGUUGAAAACACUACAAAGAAAGAUGGAAAGCGCAUAAUUAAGCCACCGGAAAACAAUUUACUAUUCCAUCACGGAAUUCCAGUCCCGGAACAAAUACUAAAACAUCUAUGCUGGUGAUGGUUACGUUUUAUCAUGCGUCAUAGUAAACACGUUGAAAACACUGUGUCAUGGGAGUAACGAUGAAAAUCGCGUCACAUCGCGAACAGCAAACAAGAUACCAUUCAAUUUGAACUACCGGAGUCUAGGUCUCUAGGACGAAUAUAGAGGUCCUACAGGUAAAUAGUGCUGAUAAUAGGUGUUAGCGUGCGUCACAUUUAGCGCGCUCGUCAUCUAUAAUAAAUAAAAGACUAAGUCAUGUACGCAAAAAGAUAAGUAAUGUACUGAAAAUAGUAGCAUCUCUUGUAAGCCCACGAAAAAUAGGCGAACUUACGAAAAUAAGAAAUGGGUGUGAAAGUAUCUUAAUUUUAUUAUUAUUGCAACACAAAAUAUUCUAGGAAGUAUUCGGUUUUAAAUAACAGACAAUGGUCAACAUCUUAGACGAUAAAGCGUCAUAUGUAGCUGAAAUCAUUGCUUUACUUGCGAGCAAUGUUGAGUGUAAGAGUUCAACAGCAGUAAUUAUUUUAUGCGUCAUUUGUAGCUGGCAACUAUUUGCGUCAUAUUUAGCCAGUAAUUCAUAACCUUGACAAAUAUCGGUCACGCUCGGUAAAGUGUCAAAAAUAUAUCAUAAAAGGUUACACAUUAUCACGACUGUACUGAUAUUGAAAAAAAAAACAUACCUUCGCAUCGUCUUACAUUUGACUAUCAUAAAGCCCCAUUAAGACUUGCAUGCAAUAUUCGAUACAUUGCUAACUACAGAGUACAAUAUCGCAAUGCAAUGAAAAUCCCAAGUUCUAGAACCGUCUAAAGCUGCGUCUUACGUAAGCGAACAACUCGCGAACGCGAAGCGGCGCGGCGCGGCGGGCCCACGGCGCUCGCGUUCGCAACGAGAUCGCCCACGUAGGACACUUCUAUAGGUAUCAAAGGAUUGAUUCACCACGCGCCGCAUCGCUUCGCUUCGCAUUCGCGUGUUAUUUUUUUUUAUUUUUUCAGCGACAUUGAUGCCGCGAUGUUUUCUUACAUUUAACACUACUUAGGGUCGGUUGCACCAAACUGUUUGUCAUCGUUAAAGAGUUCGCUAAAUUUUAUUCUAUGAAAGUUUUAUAGUAAACCGCCGCGGCGCGCCCGGUGACGUUGAUCAGUCUGUCAAGUGUGGAUGGUGCAACUGGCACUAAGUUGACAAUAUGUGGGUGUUAUGCUGUGACAACGAUCUCGAUUAUUUUUCUUAACAAAGUAGCCGCGGGGUUUUGAAUUGUCAAAAUGCCAACCUUUGUGAAAUUAUUGCGCCUUGAAGAACAAACAAAACAAAAGUGUUGAAAUUACAGAUCUUUCCAUACUGAUCAAUAGACGUGUAUGUCAGUUUUCAGAAGGGAAUGCAAACCGGUUUUUAUUUAUAUGAAAUUUCGGUUAUUAACCGGUUUUCCCAUACAAUUAAAAACCGGUUUCCAGUCCCUAGUUUUCACUACGAUAUCUUAUGUGACACAAUGGUUGGGAAUAUUUUUCUUACAGAUGCGUCAUUUCUAACUGAUAAAUGCCUUACAAUGCAAUUCAGUAAAUUUUUGACAAAUAGUUUGUACACAUUUAAUUUUCUAUUUUGUUAAAAAGACAAUAACGAAUAACAACAAGAUAUUUUGUGUAUGAUAUCUAUUUCAGUUUAUAACCACAAGAAAUGUGAAGUUUUCAAUCAAAAGGUACCACAUUGUCGGUUGUCGAUAUGGUUGAUUUAUAAUUGAAGCUAUAUGGAAAUAGCGCCUUACUACGACAAUAAGUACCCUUUUGGUUGAUAAUGUCACAAAUAGUUGAUACACCGAUAAACAUGUAUACACAAAUGUUGAUAACCCAGACAAUACUUAUACGAUUUAAACUUUCACGAUUUUUACUCAUUAUUAUUCACAACGACGGGAC